AUGUCUCAAAGUAAAAUAGAUCAAGUGUUUGGCUCAUUCCAAAAACAAACAAAUGAAUUUGAGACAUUAAAGCUAACAAUGGAAGAAUUUGUCAACGAUAUAGACUUAAAAUUAUCUAAUAAACAAUCAAUUUACUUAAAUCAACAACAACAACAUAAACAACAAAUUCAAGAAUUAAAUCAAAUUACAAAAAAUCUACAGUCAGAAAUACGGAAACUAGAUGAAAAAGAAUCACAAACUACAAUAAAAUUAAAUGAAGCAUUACAUAAUUUAGAAUCAUCAAAUCUAAAAAUAGAAGAAUUACAAUCUCAAAAACAAAACCUAAUAAAUAAAAAAACCCAACAGGAAACACUAAUAACUUCACUUAAGCAACAAAUAAUUCAAGGACAAUCACAAUUAACAAAAACCACAAAAGAUUUUGAACAUCAAUUUCAAUUAAAUUUAAUAGAAUUAUCAAAAUAUGAAUUAUAUACUGGAUUAAAAAUAAAACCAAAAUCAAUAAAUGAAAUUUUGUUUAGUUUUUUUAACCUAAAUCCUGAAAAUAAUGAAAAUGAAUAUAGUAUUUUAUUAGGUAUAGAUGAUGAUUUAUAUAAAGUAUUAAAAACUGAACCAAGUUUACCAAAUGAUAAAGUUGAUGAAUUAUGUGAUGAAUUAAAUAAACAUCAACGAUUGAUUAGGUUUUUGAAAGGUAUUAGAAAUUUAUUUAAAAGUUAUAUUGAUGGAGAAUUGUAA